CCGCCCCGCCCACUCGUGGCUGGGCAGCGGCGGGCGGUCGGGGCGCAGAGUAGGGCUGGGCUAGGGGAGCGCACGGCCAUGGCCCCUUGGCUGCAGCUCUGCUCUGUCUUCUUCACGGUCAACGCCUGCCUCAACGGCUCGCAGCUGGCCGUGGCCGCGGGCCCCUCGGGCCGCGCUCGGGGCGCCGACACCUGCGGCUGGAGGGGAGUGGGGCCAGCCGGCAGGAACAGCGGGCUGCACAACAUCACCUUCAGAUAUGACAACUGCACCACUUACUUGAACCUGGUGGGGAAGCACGUGAUUGCCGACGCCCAGAACAUCACCAUCAGUCAGUACGCUUGCCACGACCAAGUGGCCGUCACCAUACUUUGGUCCCCAGGGGCCCUCGGCAUUGAAUUCCUGAAAGGAUUUCGGGUAAUACUAGAAGAGCUGAAGUCAGAGGGAAGACAGUGCCAACAACUGAUUCUAAAGGACCCGAAGCAGCUCAACAGCAGCUUCAAAAGAACUGGAAUGGAAUCUCAACCUUUCCUGAAUAUGAAAUUUGAAACGGAUUACUUUGUAAAGAUUGUCCCUUUUCCUUCCAUUAAAAAUGAAAGCAAUUAUCACCCCUUCUUCUUCAGAACCCGUGCAUGUGACCUCUUGCUGCAGCCGGACAACCUGGCCUGCAAACCCUUCUGGAAGCCUCGGAACCUGAACAUCACCCAGCAUGGAUCGGACAUGCAGGUGACCUUCGACCAUGCACCCCACAACUUCGGCUUCCGCUUCUUCUAUCUUCAUUACAAGCUCAAGCACGAAGGACUCUUUAAGCGAAAGACCUGUAGACAGGAGCGAAAUACAGACGCAACCAGCUGUCUCCUUCAAAAUGUCUCUCCCGGGGAUUAUAUAAUUGAGCUGGUGGACGACAUGAACACCACCAGAAAAGUCAUGCAUUAUGCCUUAAAGCCAGCGCACUCCCCGUGGGCCGGGCCCAUCCGAGCUGUCGCCAUCACCGUGCCGCUGGUCCUCAUCUCGGCGUUUGCCACGCUCUUCACCGUGAUGUGUCGCAAGAAGCAACAAGAAAAUAUAUAUUCACAUUUAGAUGAAGAGAGCUCAGAGUCGUCCGCGUACGCCGCCGCACUCCCCAGAGAGAGGCUCCGGCCACGGCCGAAGGUCUUCCUCUGCUAUUCCAGCAAAGACGGCCAGAGCCACGUGAAUGUUGUCCAGUGCUUCGCGUACUUCCUGCAGGACUUCUGCGGCUGUGAGGUGACUCUGGACCUUUGGGAGGACUUGAGCCUCUGCCGAGAAGGGCAGAGAGAGUGGGUCAUCCAGAAGAUCCACGAGUCCCAGUUCACCAUCGUGGUCUGUUCCAAAGGCAUGAAGUACUUUGUGGACAAGAAGAACUACAAGCACAAGGGAGGCGGCAGAGGCGCGGGGAAAGGGGAGCUCUUCCUGGUGGCUGUGACGGCCAUCGCCGAGAAGCUACGCCAGGCCAAGCCGAGUGCCGGGGCGCUCGGCAAGUUCAUCGCCGUCUACUUCGAUUACUCCUGUGAGGGCGACGUUCCCAGCAUCCUGGACCUGAGCACCAAGUACAAGCUCAUGGACAACCUUCCCCAGCUGUGUUUCCACCUGCACUCCCGUGACCACCGUCUCCAGGAGCCGGGGCCCUACCCUGGCCAGGUCAGCAGGCGGAACUAUUUCCGCAGCAAGGCGGGCCGGUCCCUCUACGUCGCCAUCUGCAACAUGCACCAGUUUAUCGACGAGGAGCCCGACUGGUUUGAGAAGCAGUUCGUCCCCUCCCACCCUCCGCCCCUCCGCCCCCGGGAGCCAGCGCUGGAGAAGUUUGACUCGGGCUUGGUUUUAAACGACGUCAUGUGCAAACCAGGGACCGAGAGCAGUUUUUGCCUGAAGGCCGAGGCGGCUGUUAUUGGGGUGGCCGCGCUGUCCCGCUCACGGUCCGGGAGUCAGCAUCUUGGCCUGGAUGAAGACACGGAGGCCCGGACCAGCCCCGAGGGCAGCUCCGUCCUGCGGCCUCAGCUGCACGUGGUGAAGGCCGCCAGCCCCUCGGACAUGCCCCGGGACUCGGGCAUCUAUGACUCGUCUGUGCCCUCGUCCGAGCUGUCCCUGCCUCUGAUGGAGGGGCUCUCCACGGACCAGACAGAAACCUCUUCCCUGACGGGGAGCGUGUCUUCCUCCUCAGGCCUGGGUGAGGAGGAGCCUCCUGCCCUUCCCUCCAAGCUCCUUGCCUCUGGGUUGUGCACAGCGGAACUUGGGUGCCACAGCUGCACCGAUGAACUGCACGCGGUCGCGCCUUCGUAAGGAAUGGAAGCUCCGAAGCAUUGCCACUUUAGCUGCUCCCCUCCCUGGCUCCCCAGCAGCCACCUCUGGUUGCAGGGCCCACUGGGAGCUGAGGUCUUGGACAAGGAUAUCCUGAGUGAAACUGUGGCCAGUACUUGCUCCCCUUGCCCCAACCCCCCGCCAGAUACCUUGGCAAAGUAUUCAGUUCUCUAAAACCAUGUGGAGCUCUGAGGGGCACGCCCGUGCAUCUGACGACAGCUGGCUGCCUUAGGCCAGUCCUUGGACUAGGCCUGUUCCAGGGACGGGGAGGAGACGUGUAAAGAGAAACAGGAAAAUAUUUGCGCUGAUCGUUCAGACUUCAUCUUGUUCAGCAAACUUCGCCAGUUUGCUGGUGGCUCCUUUGAUUUGAAAUGCUUUGUGAAAAAAGCACCCGUAGUGUCAUUACAGCCCCAGGAAAUCAAGAGCCAGCCCGUCUGAGAUCCGUGUCAUUGCAGACGAUGUUUCU